AUGAAAAGAAGAAACCCAAAAAGUCGCGUGGAUCGGUUGCAAAAAAAGUCUCACCCUGAUGAAUCACCUAGUGAAGAUGACGGCUUUUACAUAAUCCCAGAAGAAUUAGAUUUAUUCAAACCUGAAAUCGAAAUGGGAAGUGUCAGUGUUCAAGUUGAGACUGGUGACCUCACCAAAGAGGUAACAGACGCAAUCGGUACAUUAUCAAAUACAGAAUUAGAUGUUGCAUAUGGGGGAGGUGUCGGUAAGGCAAUUAUUUCUGUUGGAGGAAAAGAAAUUCAAGCAGAAUGCUCUUCUCUGGGUACCCAACCAAAAGGGUCAGUCGCAGUUACCGGGGCAGGCAAAUUAAAAGUGAGGAAGAUUUACCACAUGGUGCCAGAAGUAAUGACGAUGGCUUCUAUUAAAGGUUGCUUCUUGAAGUGUCUAAAAGCAGCCGAUGUUGACGGGAUGACCUCCAUAUCUUUUCCAGCAAUCGGAACUGGAAAUGUCCAAGUAGGCGUAAAAGAAGCAGCCAAAGAGAUGUUAGCUGCAAUUGCCAAAUUUUCUCAGGGACAGCCAAACUCACUUCAUCUCAUACGAAUCGUCGUCUAUCAAACACACAUGUUUCAUGAUUUUCGCAGUGCAAUGCAAUCAUGUGUCUCUUCGGCGGAGGGAGGGCAAGGUAUUUUGUCCAGGAUGGCUGAUCUGCUUGGAUUUGGAAAAAGUGGCUCCCCUGUGUCAGUAAAGAGGGGAGGUCAAGAAGUUGGCAGCUACUUAGAAAUAUUUGCCGGAACCAAGCAAGACAUCAAAAGAGCCGAAGACGAAAUACAGAAAGAUCUGGCUGAUAACUGCACUACGAAAGUGAUUGAACACGAUGCCAUUAGCCACAUUUCCGAGGAACAAACAAGUAAAAUACAUAACUUGGAGGUAAAACACGACGUCAGUAUAAGGAUAGAAGAGUACGUUGGUCGCAUAUCCGUAAGAGGUGACGCAGAAGACGUGCUAGAUGUUGUCACCACUAUCCUGGAAAUUUUGAAUGAGUACAUAGAGGAAGAGCACAGUAGAGGAAUCGAAGAACUCCUGUGCAAAAACACGCAAUGGUACUAUCAAGAUGACGAUGAGGAGGAUUGGCUGCCAUAUGACCCAAGGGUAAACUUUCAGAUAGAGACCGCGCAUAAGGAUGGUCAAAAAUCGGUACUUUUAAUCAUUGAUGGUGCCAGGUGUGAGAUUGUUUUCAAAGACAUGAAGGAAACUUGUCUGAAAGAUGGCGAAGAGAGGAAUGUGAAAAGGAAGGAGAUCGGAAAAGGUAAUUAGUUAUUACUACUCGGACAGAACAGUUCAGGAUUGAGUUCAAUGUCAGUGAUUUUAAAUUGCUUGAACAAAACUUCAAGAAAUAGCAGAAAACCAAAAAAAGCGCACUUUUUAAACAAACAAACAAACAAACGAACGGUGUUAAUAUUUAGUCCAUAAAAAAGCGAGGAAAAACACGUAGCCUUGUCGAGUUUCACGCAAAAAUCAUCGCAUUGUUGCGAUGUAUCUAAAUUCUUAUUUUCGGAAGUUUGAUACAUUUUACUGAAAAAAAUACUUUGCAAUUUUUGAAAUACAUUUUAUGAGGGAGGAGUAAAAUAUCCUUCUUAUAGACAGAAUUCGUCCCAUAAACAACGGUCAAUACUUUGACGAAUCAACAAACUCAAGAUGUACCGAUAAAGACUGCGCUUGCCUCUAAAAGAUAGCUAAUGAUUUUACAAAGCAAGGGAGAACAGUGCUAUACAAGUUAAGUUCUCAAGGACUUUAUCCAAGUUGAGAAAGAGAAAGAAAAUCUCGAGAUCGUGUGUUGCCGUCCUCCAUUACGACGCAUUACGAAGUUGGUCGCCAAGGAAAAUGUUCUAAAAGGUGUGAUGCACGUGCAGAGCUCUUAUUUGACUCAUCGAACCCUGUAAGGAGCUGGGGGAAGCUUCUCCUUGCAGUCCUUGUUAAACUCCCUUAAUCAUUGGUGCAAAAACAGUGUCGAUACCCUACUUCAAGUUCUCUUUAUCUGAUGAAUAUUACAGGCUAGCACGCAUGCGUGCAUGGCAAGAGAACUAAGUUCAAUUUUACGUGCACAGCUAGGGAACUAAGUUCGAUUUUAUUUCUGUGCAUAACGAAAACUAAAAAAACUGCGUUACCCCCUAGUAAGGAUACGUUGAAAUUAAGUGAUAUUGGAAUAACUUUAUUGUCUUCUAUUUUACCUUUAUUUAUUUUUUUGUUUUAUACAGGUGUUCCACUACCUCUUGACUGGUGUGUACAACCAAAGGAAAGUUCAGGCAAUGAAAAAGAAGUUCAUUUAGUCGAGCUUGAUGCUACUAGCAACGAAUACAACAAAGUAGCAGAAGGAAUCCGCAAAACUGCGUCGAUCUCGAUCACUAAGAUCGAGAGAGUGCAAAAUCCUGGCCUUUACAAGGCAUACGUGGUCAAAAAGGAUCAGAUGGAACAAAAGAAUGGUGCCAAUGAAAAGUUGCUUUUCCAUGGUACUGCUCAAGGAAGUUGUUCAAGCAUUAGCAAGUUUGGUUUUAAUAGAAGCUUCUGUGGGAAAAACGGUAAGUUAUCGAUCAAUCAAAACCUUUAUUUGAACACGAUGAGGGUUAAAGUUUGGUAGCUUGAGGGGUCGUGUAUAAAUAGAGUAACUACAUAAAAGAGAGGAUGUAUAAUUACACUGAUUUUUCGACUAAAAUAAGUUAAAAAACGCUAGAAUAAAACAGCAAAAACAUCUUAAAAUACUUUGGAAUUAACUCUUCUAAACAAUUUCACAGAACAUUCGACAGUGAAACUAUAAGAAGCUUCUAAAACAUCUUACGGCACAGGUUACUAAAAUCCAGCAAUAUCUAUGAUUCUAUUCGACUCGUGUACGUGAAUGCUUUUAAUAAAACUAACCAGGAAGACUGCUUUGCGGCACUCUCCCGGUAAAUCAUGUAGGCUAUUGAAGAUUUCAUGGUACUGUAUUUGUUCAAAAAGAUGGAAUAACUGUUAGAUGGCUUUUCUUAAACUACACGAUGGCUGGAACUUUGAGAUAUGUAGUGACAAUCAGGACGGCGAGGCAGUUGUCCCUUUCGAAAAUGGUCGCUGCCAUACUUAAGACACUUAGAAAAUUCUUGACCUGUUUGAAUUUCUAUUGUUUAAUGUCGUAGUUCCUUUAGCUAGACUUUACAAUAAAGUGCAAUAAAAUAAGACAACAAACAGAUGGCGUAAUGGGGGGAACACCGCUCCGCGAUCGGCGUGGUGGACGACUUCCAUAGCGUGACCAUAAAGCCUUACUUAUCUCCCCAGCGCUAAUUUACACGCGCCGGAUCGGACAAGUUCAGGUAGGUCCGAAAGAAACAAACUUAAUACGGCUUAACACUCCACGGCACUACGAGCUGAAACCUCCGGCCAGCAUCGUGCAACUUAAUGGAAAGAUGUAGGCAAAUAUUUUGUUCUAGGAACUUUAUCUUAUCAGCACUACGAGCCGACUCCGCCGGCACGUGCUGGAAUACAAUCAAAUAUAAAAGUUUGCGUUAAAAUCAAAGCUUGGCGAAGUCGCCGUGAGGCUUAAACCGAAGGCGAAAGAAAGCGGUUAGCCCGUGUUCAUUAGGAACAGCAACAAAGCCUCCAAAGGGAGGGAAGGGUGGGAAUUACAAAACUUUAGGACGGUUGAAGUAAUAGCCUGCGAAAACAUCCGUUUCUCCUCGCUCUUCGCCGCUGGGGACGUUUCGCGAGGAGGAACGUCUGCGACUCGGCGACAGAAAUUCCAUACUGAUGACGCAAAUCAAUGUUUACAUAACAUGGGGUUCCAAAUAUAAAUUUGUCCAAUUUUAAGUGUCUUCUGGUCGAUUUUGGUGAAGUGUUGUGUUCAUCUGCCAACCAGCUCCAGCAAAACUCAAAUGCUUCUUCCAGAGAAGACUAUAUUCGAGAAAUAUUGACUGUUUUGUUAGAGAUUCUUCGCGUUUACAUUUGACCUUUGUGGCCUUUUGUCUUUUGUCUGUCAUUCGUAAACAAUAGCUAAAACAAUGUAACUACUCUGUCGACCAAUCAGCGCUUCUGACCGGAUUCCGGACAGAUUUUACGUCAUCAGUAUGGAAUUUUUGUCGCUGAGUCGCAGACGUUCCUCCUCGCAAAACGUCCCCAGCGGCGAAGAGCGAGGAGAAACGGAUGUUUUCGCAGGCUAUUGAAGUAACCAACUUCGCAAUACAGCUCGGAAUGAGACACAGGACUUUUACUAGGCCUUUUAUAGUCCGAGUGCUAUCACAAGGUAAGCCAAUGAAAAAUACUGUACUACAGAACAGAACGUGCACCUAAAGUGCUCCACGAGAUAUGCAUGAGGAAAAUUAUUUUUACUAGCCAUACAAAACGAGCGAUACAUUAGAAACUAGCCUCAACCGCAACAAAAAAUAAGGAUUGCUAUUGUAUCAGUAGUUUCCCAGCUACAGCCGCGAUUUUACGUACUACCCAGUAGUUUUACCAACCACGAGUAAACUUCUACGAGAUUUGAUAAGGGCUAUAGCAUAACACUGCGUUACAUGUUGUUGAUUGACGGCGUCACGCUCCAUUAACUGCGUUUUACAAUUGAGUUGUAAAAUUUUCUUAAUCGAAAAUCGAUUUUUGUGUAUUAAAUGUAAAGAACGCACAAUUGAUUUUACAAGCGCAUUCAUGUUUGUCUUUUCCAUCCUAAGGUUGUCCCGGAAUGCUAUUGAAUAGCAAACUGUGUCAAAAAUGGUAAUGAAUAGUGUUCGCACUUUAAUAUCCCUAUUGACUUUUAAGAUGGUGUUAAUGACUGAUGUUGGCGUUAAUGAAAGUUUAUUUUUCUCUUUGUAUGCCGAUCCGAAUGACGCAUAUGAAUGCCCAAACGUGUUAUUGAAUGUUGAUUAAAAUGCGAAAAUCGUAAGUGGGUCUCAUUUAUGCGCAAAUAUUCGUAUUUUCGCGCUAAUGAAUGUAUCUUCGCAUUAUUGGUAGGCGUUUCACGCAAAUGAUUGCGGAUUUUCUCGUAAUGAACGGCAAAAGGUGUAUGUAAUUCUUAAUGUUGUAUAAUGCAAAGUCUUACAUCAAAUAUUUCUGAAAAUUAUGGACAUAUUUUCAAAGUUGAAUAAAAUUAUUAUUAUCAUUAUUAUUAUUAUUAUUAUUGAUAUUAUUAUUAUCGCAAAGCGAAGCAGAAACACGAGUCGACUUUAUACACCUAUUUCAAUUAAGGUUGCUCCCGUGAACCAUGUUUCAUGGCCUGCAGUGCACCAUGGUAAACCCUUUUGUAGCGGGAAGUUCAGUCUUGCUCACGUUCAUUGAAAUAAUGGAGACCAUUUGUGAGGAGGCGUUCAAGAGAACUUUCAACUCAAACGGCUGCGAAAAUGCUUAAGCACGAGCGACCUAAAUAAUUUCAUUUUUAAAAUCUCACAGCAAGAAAUUAGAAGCCUCUUCCUUUAACAACAUUAAUCGAAUAGGGUUUUACCGCCUGAUUAAGCUGCGCAGUUUUCGAUGGGCAAGAAUGCUGGCUUUUUUUAUUUAGUUUUAAAAAAAUUGCCUCAAAAGUAAAUAAACGCGUGAUAUUGAGUUAUUUAUUGUAGUUCAAUAAUCUUUUUUACGGAAUGAUUUUAAAUACAAAAAGAAAUCACAACUCCUUUUGAAGAAAUUUCCCUGCAAGAACUAAACAAAUGCCUUCAAAAGUUUUAUUUGUCGGCAAGAAAAAGCGUCGGGCCGCGGCCGUUUGGUCAUUGUGCGCCAAAAUUAUAAUCGUUGGCAACAGUAAAUGAGUUAAAAAAAAACUUUGGCAUAACCAUCGUUUUCGAUUUACUUACACUAUAGCCCCAAGAGAAAUUGAAAACAAUGCUUAAUUGGAAAAAUUUUUGAAAAUAGUAUUUUUAAAAAAUGGUACCUAUUGAAGAAGGCCUAUUGCUGAUAAGUGAAUGAUAAAAUCUUCUUUCAGCCGUUGUCUAUGGGAAUGGCGUAUACUUUGCUCGAGAUGCCUCCUAUUCCACACAAUUACGAUAUUCUCCAGCAGAUGCAAAUGGCGACCGCUAUAUGUACCUUGCUCGUGUUCUGGUGGGUGAAUAUGCGGCUGGACGACAGGGGAUGAUAACUCCCCCACCCAGAGGAAGCGACGCUACUGAUGCAUACGACAGUGUUGUAGACAACCCCGCAGAUCCAAGCAUAUUUGUCGUCUUUUAUGAUAACCAGUGCUACCCAGAUUAUCUUGUUACUUUUAAAUAA